UUUUUAGAAUUUUAGAAAUAUCGUAACUGUUUUGUUUUAGCUAGACUAUCAUAGCAUUUGUUAUUGUUUACAUCCUAGAAUUGUAAACGUCACAGUAGUUUAAGUGGGCGGAGCUUACACAAACUAUAUAAUAGCGUUCGGUUAAACAAAAUCUUAUAUUCCUUGCUGAACAAUCCACUGUGUGACGUACAAGAUUUUUCUCAUACUUAGGAAAACAAAUUCCCUUUUCACCACUGGUAACAUCUGAUAUACUAAGAGGAAUAAAACGAUGAAUUCAAAUAUUUAUAGUGAACAAAUUCAUAUAGGAAGUCAGUCUGCCAUGGCUCAAGAUCAUCAGGCAGCAUAUGAGAUGUGUUCUACCAACACCAGCCUGCAAAAGGAUGCAGUGAUGGCGAGCUCACCAGCCCCUCUGCACAACUCUCAGCAACCUUGUGAGAAUGAUUCACAGAAGAGGGAGCUCCGCCUGAUGAAGAACAGGUAUGCGGCUAAAGAAAGUCGACGCAGAAAAAAAGAGUAUAUAAAAAACUUAGAAGACCAAGUCGCCAUGAUGACAAUGCAGAUCAAAGAACUCAAAGAGAUGAUUAAUUUCUUAAAGGGAAAUGUAAAAUUAUAAUAAACAUCUAUUUGGGUCUUAA